AUAUUGUCUACCUAAUAAUACAAUACCAAACCUCCAGGGCAGGCAGGCUCCAUCAUUUUCAAUUUCAAUUUCAAUUUCCUAGGGUUUAAUUCAAUUCCAUACACACAUAUACACAUCAUUCCUCUCUCUCUCUAUCCCUCCUCCUCUCUCACUAUAUUUAUAUAUAUAUAUACACCCACAUUAGACAUAUAUUGAAUCGCUCUGAAAUGGAAGCUGUUAGGGCUACCUCUGCUUGGGUCGCCUCUCACUCCUCCCAUGUCACUGUCGACUCCUCAGGCAUUGAAAAAGUGGCGGAAAGAAUGAAAGAUUCUAUACCGAAGGUGGAGUGGGAUUUCGAAGGAAUUCAUUAUUUCGAUGAUGGUCCUCUCACUGUCCAGUAUCUGUUUGUGUUGGAUGCAUUGAAUUUCUGCUUCUGGCCGGAUAAAGAGAUGACUUAUGAUCAUCUGGCCGCGGGAUUGAAGGAAGCUCUUCAGAAUGACAAGUCUGCUUUUGAUGCCGAUCGCCUGCAGAAGUAUACUGGUCCUGAACUACGAAAACUGCUAAAAUGGCCAAGGCCAUUACCUUUGGAGGAGGAACGGGUGCGCUUAAUGCAUGAGGUUGGAUUUGAGCUGGAGAGAUCUUUUGAUGGGAAAGCAUCCAAACUUGUAGAAUCCUGCGAGAAAUCAGCUGCAAAGCUUGUGGCACUCAUCACGAGUCACUUUCCUGGAUUCCGGGACCACACAGUAUACAAAGGUCACCAGAUCUUCUUGUAUAAAAGAGCUCAGAUAUUUGCUGCAGAUUUAUGGGGGGCAUUCAAGGGUCAGGGAUAUGGUGAAUUCAAUGAUAUAGAAUCAGUGACAAUGUUUGCAGACUACAUUGUUCCUGCAGUUCUUCAGCAACUUGGAGUACUAAAGUUUAGUCCUUCCCUGGCCGAUAUGAUUGAAUCUAAUAGAGAAAUCAGCUCAGGAAGUGAGGAGGAAGUAGAACUCAGAGCGUGCUCGGUACAUGCUGUGGAGGAAAUAAGGGAGCUGAUCCGUAGAAAAUCAGGGAAGCAGGUAUUGAGUGUGGAGUUGGAUCUCUGGUUAUGGGCUUUUGGGGUUCAGUGUGCUUCUCUCCAACAUCAUCGCACACUCUCCAUAUAUUAUUGAGUGGUCCUUAGAUAGGAGUUGACGGAAAGAAUAUUCUGAAGUUUCUGAGGUAAAUUCACUGUGUCAAGUUUGUCGAUCACAGGUUUUAGUAAUUUUGUAAAAUAGUUUGCUCAUGUCUAGUUGCUUAAAACUGAGGUACUUAUCCAUGGAUUGUCUCCCUUUUCCUUUGACUGAUUCUAAUAGAAACAUCAGCUUAUUGUAUAGAUGGACAGUCUGAUAUUUACUUCCUUAUUUUCCUUUGCC